AUGGCUACGCCCAACUUCCCACUACAGACCAGGUCCCGCGAGUCCCAAUUUGUCCAUCUCAAGAAACUGAGGUUAUUGGACGACCAAAAGUCCUUGCAAGGCUUAGUGGCUGUACAGAAUGUCGCAUUUCAAAAGUUGGUUACCUGUCGCUUCACGUUUGACAACUGGAAGACGACCUCGGACGUCGCCUCAAUAUACACGGAUGGAAACGCGUCAGAAAAAGCUCCAUCGGGCUACGACUUUUUCGUCUUCACGGUUCAGCUCUCCGACAUUCUCAACCUUGAAUCCAAAAUCGCGCAAUUGUGCGUCCGCUACAUAGUCAACGACCAGGAGUAUUGGGAUAACAACUCUGGCCGCAACUUUCAGGUCUGUUUCUUUAAGACCACUUCGCUGCGAGAUGGCGGUGUCCUGGAUCAGGGUGUUCCAUUGCGGUCGCAUAAUCGACUCUCCAACAAUACCACGCUAGUAAAGCCCACGUCUAGUGCCUUUCGAGGGUUGGACCUUGCAAAAUGUUACAGCAUCAGCGCAUCGCUUGAUGCAACAGUCCGAGCUGCCAAAUGCAAUGCUCGUAGAAAAGAAAACAUGGGGCCCAUGAACGCUACGGCUAGCAGCUUCAAGCUGGCAUCUCGUUUAUUUUCGCAAAAGUCGACAAAGUCUGGCAUCAGCGCAAGCUGCCCCGAGUCAAAGUUCUCCAUCUCAAUGCACAGUGGCUUUGACAGAUACUGCUCCCCGCGGGCCUUGACAGCACACAGACGGUUUGGCGACAUCGGCAUGUACGACGACGUAAACGCAGUACCCUUUCGUCCGUAUGGGCUAUUUUGA